CAAGUAAAGACUAAUACACUAUAAAUAGGGGUCGAUCUUACGCUUAUUUCUUCACACACUUCACACAAAUACAUCGAAAACAAAUUCCUAAUAGUCAUGGCCAAGUUUGUUUCCAUCAUCACCCUUCUUUUCGUUGCUCUUGUACUCUUUGCUGCUUUUGAAGCACCAACAAUGGUGGAAGCGCAGAAGUUGUGCGAGAGGUCUAGUGGGACAUGGUCAGGAGUAUGUGGAAAUAAUAAUGCUUGCAAGAACCAGUGCAUCAACCUCGAGGGAGCACGACAUGGAUCUUGCAACUAUAUUUUCCCAUAUCACAGGUGUAUCUGCUACUUCCCAUGUUAAUCUACCAAAACUCAUUGGUUGUACCAAAACUAUGUGGUGCUUGUGUGUUUAUUUACAUUUAAUAAGUCUGUGUCACUCUAUGAGUGACCUUAUGACAUGAACCAAGUAUGUUUAUGAUGUUUGUAUGUUUUCUGUGAUACUGUCAAGUAUGUUUUAUGCAUGUUUUCUCCGAUAAUAUAAAGUUUUAUGUACCA